CUCCUCCUUCAACCAGCCGGUCCGCAGGGCGACAUACCCGGCGGGGAAACGUGCAGCAUGCCCGCUGAGCAGCUCCAGCCGGGCCCGGUGUCGGUUUUUCCACUUCUGGGGGGAUUUACGUGGACAAGCGGACAGGGACUCCCGAUGGAUCCGAAGCGCAGAGAGCUGUAAGUUGGAGGCGGGAAACUGGAAAACUUCUUCUCCGGAGCAAAAUUCUUGUAUUGUGAUGAACAUGCUGUGGUGGAGGGAAUCACCCCGGGCAUCUGCUGCUGCUGCUGCCGGCCGCAGCUGCGCACCGUGACCCGCAGGGGAGCGCGGCGAGGACCUCGGCAGCUUCACCCGGAGAGUCCCGGGAGGGACAACAAAACAUCUUAGCUGCUGCUUUGCUUCUCCACUGUGGAUUUGUCACUUCAGGCUCGUGCGUGAUUUCAUAGGCUAUCCCGGAGAUGCCAGCCGUCUCUGGUCUCCGUCCUCCUGUGGAUCGGAUCGGGAUGGAUGUGGCGCAGUGAGGAGGCACCAGCCUGCGGAUAAUCACAGUUUGGACUUUUUUGGUUCCCCGCGUGCGGCUCGCGGCUCUCCCUCAUGCAGCUCCUCCGGCUGGCCUGGGCUCUGACUGCCGCUGCGGUCUGCUUCGUGCUCCUCCUGAUGCUCCACAACCACAUCCUGAGAGAAGGUCAGCUGGCGGCGGGGACCUGUGAGGUCGUCACUCUGGACCGCGACAGCAGCCAGCCGAGGAGGACCAUCGCCCGACAGACGGCCCGCUGCGCCUGCAGGAAGGGACAGAUCGCCGGGACGACCCGAGCCAGACCGGCCUGCGUCGACGUUGGUAUCGUGUGGACUCGACAGUGGUGCGAGAUGUCUCCGUGUUUGGACGAUGAAGGCUGCGGUCUCCUGGUCAAUCAGUCGGGCUGGACCUGCACGCAACCAGGAGGCCGAGUCAAGACCACCACGGUCUCCUGACAGCGGCGGCGAGGACACACGCUCCGCAGAGAAAGAGAGACAGGUUCCCAUUGUCCAUUGCCCAUCCAUCAUCGCCAAGUGCACCAAUCAUCAGCCGCUAACAGAGCCGAGGUCCGGGGCCAGGGUGGCGUCACUUCCUGCCUCAUGCUUGGGCGAACUGUGCAAACGGCAGCCUGAAGUUGUUCUUCUUUCUGGGGGAAAGAACUGUGUUUAUUUUCCAGGAGAUUUAAAAAAAAAAAAAAAAAAGAGGAAUAUUAUGACGAGCUGCUGGAUGGAUUUGUUUUUCGUUUGGCAACAAACUCUGUUUCUUUUUACAGACCAAAGAUGAACAGAGCCGACGAUGAGACGUUUUAAAGACACACCACCAUAUCUCUGUAAAGAAACAAACACAUUGUGAUAUU